CCGAGCUGGCCAUUAACGGGACUAACGUCUAUUUUCAGGUUGUCAUCUCGGAAAAAGGACAUUGAAUGAGCGUGAUAAUCCGCACCGCCUCCAGAAUUCGAGGACGGCAACCAAUCUCCCCUCUUUUUUCUUGUCCCAGGGAGGCGGACUUUAAACAACGGGAUUAGGUACUACUCUGAUCGAUGAGAUGCACGGCCCUGCGGGCACGCCGUGAUUCUGGCGAAUACUCACGCCCGUACUUGGUCAAGUUUCCUUUGCUCGCGCCCCGCUGGUCUCGCAGGGCAAGCUCUAGUUCACACGGUCCGCGCAACGUUCACAGCCUGGAUGCAUCUCACGGCUCUGAUCUGAUGCAUGUCGCACCUGACAUGUAUACCUCCUGACGACCAGGCUCCGAAGCCUCAGCUUGGUUUUUCCACCUAAUUGUGCGGAGCCGAAGAAAUACCGAUGUAUCCUUCCAGUACUUCCGAUCACAUCAUCAACCGAUCGAAGGACACGCAUCAAAUGUUGUCUGAUGGGUUCGUGUCAACUCGAUUCGAUUCGAUUCGAUACCCAACGGUACGCUACGAUACUAUAGUACUGGUCUAGGGGGUAGUGGCCAAGCUUGAAGUUCUUGCCUUCGUUCGUUCGUUCACUCUGUUCCUUUUGUACCUCCGCACCUGGCGUU